CAAGGAUUGCAAAGAAAAUCAGAAUGUAGUCGGUCAUGGUUCCUUUCUUCCUGAUGACUUAGUUAAUGAAGAAGAAUUUUUUGUUUAUAAACGGAGAAGAUUAGAUGCCAUUUCAGGCGAUGAUAAAAUUCAACCGCAUGUCAGAUGAAUUAAUAUUAGCAGUGUUUCGAUGGCUCCCAAAGUUUAUGCUGGCAAGAUGUGCACAGGUGUGUCGCCGGUGGAAAAGGCUUGCUUUUGAUGAAUCUCUGUGGCGAAGACUUGAUCUUGGUGGAAAGACCCUCAAUCCUGGGGUAGUUGGCAGAGUCAUUCUCAGAGGAUCGUGUAUACUUAGACUAGCAAAAGCAGAGGUGGAUGGUCCAAUUUUUUCACCACAGCUUCAAUAUCUUCCAAGUCUCCCUCCAAUUGGGAGUAAGCUACAGUACUUAGAUCUUAGUAUGGCUGCAAUAGAACCCCCAGCGCUUGAGGAGUUGUUGAGUGUGUGUUUUGACCUGAAGAAAUUGAGUCUCGAGCAUUGUACUAUCAACCAAACAAUUUGCUCACACAUCGCUAACAACCCUAACUUAGAUACGCUUAAUAUGGCCAUGUGCUAUGGCUUGAACCACUCCAGUUUCUUUAUAUACUCACUAACUGUAAAAGUAAUAAACAAUUUUUACAGAUUGGUAAGUUUGAAUUUAGCUUGGACGGGAUUGUCUAAUGAGGAUCUUCGGAUAAUAUGCCGUCGCUUUCCCAAAUCACUUGAGCGGUUGAAUAUUUCCGGUUGCAGAAACACAUUGUCUGAUACACAUGUAAGAUUGUUGGCUGAACAGUCACCUGGCUUGGUAGAAUUAGAUGUGAGUGAUUGCACUCAGCUUACUGCUGCUUCUGUAUCUACAAUAAUUAGUGAACUGCGUCACACAGAAUAUUGCUUCUCACGCUGCUACACCAUACAGCCAGAUGCUUACCUGGAGUUGAAGUCCAUGCCACAUCUGCUCUACUUGGAUCUGUAUGGCAUACUGAAUGAGAGUGCACUCAGUACCCUGCGACAAAGCCUGCCACACAUACAAAUUAACAAAUAUCUAUUCUCUUCCGUGGCUCGGCCUACAGUCGGUAUACGCAGGACGUCUGUUUGGGGUCUGAGAGUCAGAGAUUAAAUUCAUCCAUGCUAGGAUACAAAUCCUGUAUAUGACAAGUCAGCUACUAGCAUUUUCAUGGACUUCCCAAAGACCUAACAAGUAGUCAUGUAAGAACAAGUGCCUUAUUUAUUAAUCCAAGAUAUUUGAUAAAUGUGAUCUGAGUGAAACAGACAUCAAGGCUUUUAAACAAAUAUUUGCAAUAAAACCUGCAGUAGAAAAAGACCACUUGGGAGGUAAGUAUGAAAUAAAUUUCUGAAAUGCUCUAUUGUAAAUAUCUGGCUAGUGUAUUCCAGUGCAACGUGAAUAAGACAAAACAAGUGAUGUAUGAAGUGUGUGAAUGUAAAAGAAUGACAAUGUUUUAUACAGUGAUGUGAAUGAUUCAUUUAGAGAAGAAUUUCCAGAAGUGUAUGUAUGUUAUAUUUUCAUGUGGUGGUAUUAAGGGAUGCACAUGUCCCCUGUGCUUUAUAAUGCAAGAUUAAUUGAUUUCUUUUAAAGCACUGCCAACAAAUGCAUCAUACUGU